GUGGCCCUUCCUGGAGCUCGCCGCUUCGACCUCGCCGCCGGCUCCUUCGACGACGCUCAUCGGCACCGGAGCGACGCCGCAGCCUCAGCUGCUCCAAACUUCCUCGCCGCUCCAAAUUGCGCUCCGUUCAUACUGAGGAGAGAAGAAAGAUAAACACAGCGCUGCGCCACCCCCUCCCUCCCUUGCUAGUUUUCCCGCCGCUGUGGACGUCCGUGUGUGCGUGUUUGUGUGGAUCUCACUUUUGAGAGUUUCGCUUUCGGAUUCUCGCCCUCGUCGCGAGAAACAGUGCGCCCGGGGUCUACGCUCUCUCAACUGUGUGUGCAACUCCCGGAGCGGACGUUUCUUUUUCCUUUUAUUUUUUUUUUAUUAUCGUGCUCCCGGCCAACACACUGGAUACCGUUACAAUGAGUGAUACGAGAAACCGCUGGCGCUCCUGGAUUCUGGGCUGCGCGCUUUGUGUCCUGCUGCGCGGACCUCGGCCCGGGAUAGCCUACGAAGAUGGUCCCGGCGUCCCGUCAGUGGUCACGAGCCGCGUGGGUGGUGACGCUGCGCUGCCAUGCCACCUCCGGCACGCCACGCAGGACUCGUGGGCCGUGUCCGUAUCGUGGUUCAAGCGCGGCCUCUCAGGACCCGUGUACACCGUCGACAUGGGCUCGGGAAAUUUCCUCCAGGCUAGGCACCGGCCGGCGCACCUAUGGGCCGGACGCGCCUAUUUCUCUUCGGCUGACGAACCGGCGCUACUCAUGAUUGGAGACGUCGCCGCGGCCGACGCCGGACUCUACGUCUGCUCGGCGUCGUUCGCCAAUGGUGCUCAGCGUAAUUCCACCGUGCGGUUCGUCGUAGUCGUUCCACCGGAGACGCCCGUCAUCAGAGACAAAUUUGGCAACAAAGUGGGCAAGGUGGCCGGCCCUUAUCGAGAAGGCGAAUCACUGACGCUCACAUGUGAAGUGAAUGGGGGCGUCCCGGAGCCGACGGUGACCUGGUGGCGCAACGGCACGGAACAGCUCCACCACACGGCCGACAGCUCGUCGCACGGCGUCUCCCGGUCCACACUGGAGCUGCCGCAGCUGCACCGGCAUGAUCUGAAUGCGUCGCUUAUGUGCAAGGCCUCGAACCACAACGGAACCUACGUAGUCACCAGCGCCGUUUCCCUGGACUUGUACCUGAAACCAUCCAUGGUGCGUAUCCGGUCCAAGCAGCGUCCACUGGCGGCAGGCCUCCCGGCGGAAAUUGAGUGCGAGGCGGCCGGAUCCCGGCCACCGCCCGUGAUAACCUGGUGGCGCGGGAAGGCCAAGAUAUCCGCCGACCACGUUAAGGUGAUGCCCAUAGGAAAUCGUGUCUUCUCAGUGGUCACCUACACCCCUACGAGAGAGGAUAAUGGCAAGCGACUUCGGUGCGUUGCCGAAAACCCGAACAUUGUAGGAAGCUUCAUCGAAGCGUCGUACAGCCUUGACGUUCACUACAAGCCACUAGUGACGCUUCAGCUGGGCAAGCGACUGAGGCUGGAGGAGAUCUUCGAAGGGCAGGACGUGUAUCUGGAGUGCAGCAUCGAUGCCAAUCCCCGCGUGAGCGAAGUGGUGUGGCGUUUCGAAGGCAGCCAGGAUGUUCACUCGGACCCGGCGGCCAAGGUGAUCACGAGCAACCAGUCCCUCGUGUUCCAGGCCAUCCAGCGUCUGAACGCUGGUCGCUACACGUGCGUCGCCAUUAACACCGAGGGCGAGUCAGUGAGCAACGAGCUCCAUCUGAAAGUACAGUACUCUCCGGUGUGCUCCGUUCGGCAGCGGGUCGUGUACCCGGCGGCGGCGCACGAGAUGCUGCAGGUGUCGUGCGAUGUGGACGCGCACCCAUCGGCCGUCAGCUUCCAGUGGGCAUUCAACGGCAGCCUGCGGAACCACGAGCUUCAGACCUUCGUGUCCGAGGGCAGCCGUAGCGUAGCAUCGUACGUUCCACGCGACAAGGCCGACUAUGGCACGCUCCUUUGUUGGGCCACCAACAAGAUCGGUCGACAGAAGGAGCCCUGCCGCUUCCAGAUCGUACCCAUAGGUCCUCCCAAAGCCCCGUACAACUGCACGCUGAGCAACCAAACAGAAGACGCGUUCCUGGCAGAGUGCCGAGAGGACCCAAGCGGUGGCGGCGGGCUGCGCCAGGUCUACAGCCUCGAAGUACAUGACAUCUCGUGCCACCGGCUGCUGGCCAACCUGAGUGCCGAGAGACCCGCGUUCUGGGUCCAAGGCGUGCCUGCGGGGCUCAACUACGUGCUCGUGCUCUAUGCCGUCAAUGAGAUGGGCCGUUCGCAGCCGGUGCUGCUGCGCGCGGAGGCGGCGGACCGCUACUGGGAUGGCACUUCGCGGCACGGGAGCGAGUGGAGCGGAUGCGAGCAGAGCAACUCUCUCGUCGUCAUCCUCAUCGCGGUCACCUUCGCCGCCGUCUUCUUCCUCUUCCUGCUCGUCAUAGUGGCACGCUGCCGGACCAAGAGGCAGCGCCUGAAAGCCAACGCUGGUGACAAAAUUGUGCAAAACGGAAAAACGUCCCCUCGACCUUGCGACGGACCAGUGAACAUGACAACCUUCAACUGCGUCGAGGGUGACGACCUCCGUCCGACCGUGCUGGAGACGUCGCCGACCAAGCCGCCGUUCCACGCCGACUACAUAACCAACGUGAACAACCACACUCCGUAUUUCUGCCGCCAGAAGAUCGUGGACUUCUGAUAUCCGGACGUGCUCUCCGCGAGCAGCGGAAAGGAGGUACCACGCAUGACUACCUUCGGCGGUGGUGCUACUUCGCAGGGAAACAGUGACACAUCGUGAAGAGAUGAUCCGCUAGAGGAUGCAAGCUGACCAGUGGAAUCGAGGACUCAGGGUGGAGAAAGUGUUAAUGAUACCUAGUCAUUCAUGAGGAGUGGUACCGUGAGUGCACGAAUGGACGUUCACCGCGCGAAAGAACCCUGCGUCCGAAGAUAACGGUCAUGUCGCUACUUCCGGGGUCUGCGAUUCCUAAGGAGAUGUGAGAUAUUGGGCAGUGCUCGAAAAACUGUCAACACUGGUGCGCCCUUGUUCCGCGGACGACAGUUCACGGGAAAAUGAGGAGCACCACGCGUUCAUUGGAAUGUGCUUCUUGAGUGCGUCACUGGGAGACACGAAGGACUCGCUGAAGACUUUCACGACGGUGCACCAGCGUGCCACGGUCUUUGUUACAAUGGUGUGACAGUGGUGUGUGAACUACAAGUUAUGCAUGCGGCUAGCCAUGUGCUGGGAAAAGACUACGAACGAAGCGUACGUUGCGCCUGUGCGCGCGCUUGACUGCCAUGAUGCCAAAAGAAAACAUGGAAGUGAACAUGAACAAUAGGUGCUGUGUCGCGGACGAGACGCAUACAUACUGACGUAAAUACUGCGCGAGUGGAGAACAAAGAAUAUACUCACCUUACGAUAUACGUCCUAAAGACACUCACGUACUUGAGCUUCGCAGAGAGACGCUCCGUCGUGCUCGUUCUAUAGGCAUUUAAGGAUCUCUUGUGAUGGGUGCGGGCACAAACUCCCAUUCUAUCCAUCUCUUCGUGUCUAUUGAAUACUCACAGUGUGGCCAUUCUUUUUUUCCCGUAGCCCCCGCUGGCAUAAUCUGAUCCGGUGCGCUAAGCUAUUCAACUGCGAGGUGUCAUACAGCGCUAGCAGUCUCUUCUCACAUUAAGCGCACUCGUGGUUACCAGACUUGCGGGAUGAACAACGUUUCACAGAAUUAUAAACAUUCGUUCUGGAGGAAUCCUGGAAAAAAUUACGCUUAUAAGCUCUUCGUGAGUGAGAACUGAGGGAAGGGAGACUAUAAAACGUGGUACUCGCCACCUUGCGCAACAGUGGUGUUCUGACGGCGACGCUACCUUCAAAAGGUUGUGUUUGAAGCACGGCUCAUCCUCUGCGGCAUUCUUUAGACGUGCAGGUGAAGGUACUGCCGAAACAGACCUAGUCACUGCGACAGGUAUAACAAGAGCUUGCGUACAUGACCGCUGGAGGGUGUUUUGAAUCAACAAUUAGAGUAGUUCGUAAAGUGCAGCUUGCUGGUUCUUGGUGGACGCACAGUUCAAGCCAGAGGUCCCGGACAAGAAAGGGCACGAUAGUGAAUAGGUCAUGCGAGGCUACGUAGGAUGCAGCACCGUGUUGUCACUUGUGUGGCUAGAAGGCUUUCCGUCCUCGUAAACAUCGUGAAAGCGGCCUGAACACCGUUCAUUCCAAACUACUCCUCGUGGACAUCGCCUUCACGAGUGACCAUUGAACGCAGUCGUCUCGAAUUGCAGGGAGGAUUACGAAAAAUACGCAGGACCUCGCUCAAAUGUCGCAUCUCCCAUUGAUUUCUGUGAUUGACUAAGAAGGCACUAUUUUGUCAGGCGGCUGUGGAGCUACCGGAGAGGUUUAGCUAGAAGUCAGUAUAUAUAGAGAGGCCCGAAAAUGUGCACGGCCUCAACAUGAAAAAUGUUUGUAGUGGUGUUGCUUUUCUUUAAUUUCCUCUGUAAAUUGUGCUUCAGUUGUGACACGCUAUUAGGUGAUCAGAAUGGUUAUCGUGGAAAACGUUCCAAUGCUGCCGGUGUAUUAGAAAAAAAUUUGGAGGACGCUUAAGCUUCGCCUUUAAGAGUAGAACGUGAUAGCGUUAUCGGGACCCGUUCGCAUCGCGUCGUUCGCAUGCGGCAAGUAGGCUUCAUUCCUUACAACACUGAACGUGGGAAAGCCAGCUUACAAAGACCAAGCUUACACCAAUCCCCUUAAAGUCGGCUUCACGUUUAAACUGAAAUGCAGUGCUGGAAAGACGUUUUUCCAGGGACAUUACAAGUGGUCUUAUACUUAAAUGUGAAUACCCUAGCACCUUUUUUAUUAUUUUAUUAACUGUUUGCUAUUGCCCCGAGGCGCGCAGGUCUGGUAGAAAUGCUGGAAAAGGGGUUUGAGUUUCCUCAUAGCAGGAAACUCAAACCCCUUGGUUUUCUCGUACAUUCAAAUUACAAUCCGACGCCGAUUGGUAAACAAUCGAACGGCGAAUCCGACGCCGGAGGGUAAAGUCGUACUUUACCAUUUUUCUGAAGGAUUUAACUGUGAGAAAUUCAAUUUUUCUUCACCAAAACCUUGCACCACGUGGAGAGCCUGCGCGGUAGAUGUGGUUGAAUGAUUUUCUCCGCCACCCUCGAUCACACGCCGGUUGCCGACGCCGGAUUUUCUGCGAUACGGGGCCCUAAACGCUAUCGCGUUAAGAGUAUUUAUAUUGCCCGCGCAGGGUGUCAUUCGCGGCAUUCAUAUUACCUCUGUGGCAGGAUUCAGCGAAGUUGAUUCUCAGAAGCAUAUUUCAGUAGGGUAAAUCCCAGUUUGUAAUCGAAAAGUUCUUAAGUCAGGGAAACUUGAAUAGAAUUCAGCAGCUUCCGUUGAUUGCAGCCAGGAGCUUGGACAGAUGCAAUCGCGAUUAUGCUUUCGUGGAGGUUUUAGUGGUUGUGCCGCUCCCAGCGCCGUUCAGAAAGAAAAUCAAACUACUGUCAAAAUUAAAUUCAAGGUUACGUACCUUGUCAGUGUUGCCGCGCGUAAACAUUUUUAGGGCCCUGUCUGUAUGUCUGUUGCUCAGUGUCGUGAGUGAAGAGCAUUCCGUGAGAAUAUGAAUGGGCGCAAUCUUUGUGAGUGGUGGUUCUUGGCUGUUCGAGACAAAAAAAUUAUUCGGGAAAGUAGGAAUGUGAACUGCACUGCGAUUACAGCGGUGGCCGCUGUUACGUACGUGAGUUCUUUUGAGCGCACGCUGUACUUCGUACGCCCGCCUGUACAUACUACAAUCUAUAUUUUGUACCACGCGCAACGCUCAUCGCGGCUUCUUCAUUGAAAUUAUCUCAUUUCAUGAUAAUUAUAGUCUCGUAUUGAUGGUGAGUACGGUAAGUUAAAAACAAACAGCGCGUCUAUACAUAUAUAAAUACAUAUAGAUAUCUAUAUACAUAUAACUGUACGCAUUUCAGUGUGCGUGUCUGUGUGCUUCAAACUUCGAGCUUUCUAUAAAUGUCCUCUCGUUGCCUUUCCCCUACAUUUUUUUUUCUUUUCUGCGAUGUGAAGCAGUGGUGUCGCUUAUAUGUGAGAUCAAUUGUUUCUUAACUCUCGAGCCGCUUCACCUACGCGUUCUCAUAGUUUCGCAAACGGUUGACAAGCUUUCCAUCUCACUCUAGAUGCAUUGCUCACUACGUGAUAAAAAAAGAAAACGUAACUGUUCUUGUGUUCUCUUUCAUGUGCGAUACUUAAUUCGCAACGCACGCGGGUGAAACCGCGCUCUCACGAACACUACAUCUACCGCGUUCGCUUUGAAUGUCGACGGGGCUGCAUUUUGCUGUGUUACUCAGGAAGGAGCUUGUGCACCGCAACAGUCCAGUGCGCCCUCGCGAAAGAAGGCGUGGGAAAAAAAAAGAUGCAUCGACACAAUCAGGUUGAAGUGUUAAUAAACAUGCGAGUUAAAA